CUUUUAACCAUGUGAGAUCUUCCAGCAAGCACGAUAGAUUUGCUAUUGUACUGCAGCUGUUUGUUUGACUUUUCUAACAAUGUCUCGAGUUUUAAUUGUUGGCGCUGGACUUACUGGCAGUAUAUGUGCUUGUUUGCUGCGGAGGGAGCUGCCAAGCAAAGUUAAUAUAGUCGUCUGGGAUAAAUCUCGGGGUUCAGGCGGAAGAAUGUCCACAAGCAGAAGUCCAAACAAUCCGUCAUGCACGCUUGAUCUUGGUGCUCAGUACAUUAGUGCCACACCAUACUACUCUCGUAUUCACAGCAGUUUUUAUGAAGAGCUCUUAGCACAUGACAUUUUAAAACCUCUCAUUGCACCUGUGGAAGGCAUGAUGUCAAAGGAAGAGGAGACUGUCAACUAUGUGACUCCCAGCGGAGUCUCCUCCAUCGUCAAACACUACCUCAAAGAGUCAGGAGCAGAGGUGCUCUACGACCAUCACGUCACUCACAUUUACCAGAAAGACGCUGGCUGGGAAGUGUGUCGCAAAGGCGGAACGCCAGAGCAUUUUGACAUAGUGGUUUUGACCAUGCCAGUAACCCAAAUACUUCAGCUCCAAGGAGACGUGGGAUCUUUGAUGGGGGAGAAUCAGCGGAGAAAGCUGGAGGCUGUCAGUUAUUCUUCCCGCUAUGCACUUGGACUCUUCUACAAAGCUGCCGUGCGGAUCGACGUCCCUUGGGCGGCCCAGUAUGUCUCCAAUAAUCCCUGCAUUCGCUUCAUCGCUAUAGAUGAUAAAAAGCGCAAUUUAGAGUUGAAGGACUGUGGACCUUCCAUGGUGGUCCACACCAGUGUGUCCUUUGGCAUCCAGCACCUGGAAGAGGAGAAGGAUGCAGUGCAGCCCAUCAUCCUUGAAGAGCUAGAGAAGGUGAUGCCAGGACUACCUCAACCAGACAGCAUCAAGUGUCAGAAGUGGAGGUACUCCCAGGUGACAAGAUCGGUGGCUGAUUGCCCGGGGCAGAUGACAUUGCUCUCCCAGCCUCUGCUGGUGUGUGGGGGUGACGGCUUCACACACUCCAAUUUUGACGGCUGCGUCGAGUCUGCCCUGAAGGUCUUUGAGGUUCUGAAGUCUUCUCUCUGAAGGGGGUUGGGAAGAAAUACACUUAUUUUUGCUGUUUUUAUUGAGGAUGCCAACAUUGAUUUAGAUUUAAGCCCCUCCCCACAGGAAGAUGGAUGUACUGCACAAAGCACGGUAGAACUGUCUCGUCUGUGUCUGUAGACAUGCAUUUUGUUACCAAAACCAAUUAUACUGUCUGUGCCGGAUGCUGGGGAUUAAAGAACUUUGCAAGUUCAGUUGACAGAGGCUGAUGCCUCAUACUGGACUUGCAAACAGCACAAUGCAGUCUUGAACCACAGUUUUCUCAAGUGCAAUAAAUAUUAUGUAUACAUUCAGGUGUUCUCAACCUUCUCCUGUGAUUUGUGUUGGAUUAAUAAAACAGUUAGAACCUG